AGAUGUAGCUGGUGUCUGAAGAGGUUACCUGAGGUUUCAUGAGGUUGUGUAUGAAACAGCUAAGCAGUUAACUUCGGCAUCAGUCUGGAGGUUUCCAACCCUCAAGAUGUACGGCCUGUAUUUGGAAGCAGUGAACGAUUACAUCAAUGAAUCCUACGGAGAGGAUGUGUGGAGGCUGAUCGAGAACAGAGCAGAGAUACCCCACCUCAAGUUUGUCAGACAUCAGAUGUACAACGACAACCUGAUCCUGCGGUUGGCAAAGGCAGCAGGCGAGGUUCUGGGAAAGACCCACGAUGAGCUGAUGUACGCCUUCGGGGUCUAUAUGGUCAAAAGGAUUGGAAAUUAUGGAUAUGAGAGGAUACUAAAGGUGUUGGGGCGAAAUGUACGCGACUUCAUCAAUGAGCUGGACAACCUGCAUGAAUACUUUCGCUUCUCCUUCCCCAAAGUGCAGCCGCCGAGCUUCUGUGUCGAGGAGGAGUGCGAGACGAGCCUCACGCUGCACUAUCGCAGCACCCGCAAGGGCUUCACUCAGUUUGUCAAAGGGCAGCUCUCUCAAGUAGGACGGCAAUUCUACAACACCGACAUCGAAGUGGAAAUCUUGUCUAAAGAGGAAACCGAGAAAAUGACGUAUGUGGUUUAUAAGAUGAACUUUGACAACGCUGCCUUCAAACACCGCAUGCCCCAGCAGAAAACAGCGCCAAGCUACGAGAAGCUGCCAAUGAAGCGAGGUAUCUUUUUUGACAUGUUCCCCUUCAGUGUGAUCUUCCGCCGGGACAUGACUAUGUACCGCAUCGGUGACGGCCUCAAAGAGGUCUUCUCUGACCUCCAGGGCAAGAAGGUCAAUGAAGAGUUCACUCUGGUCAGACCCAUGCUGGAGUUCAGCUGGGAUAAUAUCUACACCCAUUUGAACAACGUGUUUGAGCUGUUGUCUAAAGCGGUGGUGGAGAGCAAGCAGAAGGUCAACAUCCCCAAACUGAGCAAGGAGGAGCCAGAGGAGAAAGAAGAGAGCGAAAAAGCAAAGAGGGAAGAAGAAAGGGAGCCGAAGGCGGUGGAGGAGAUGAAGGGCACAGACCAAGAGUACAGCAGUGCUCUCACCCAAUACAACAGCUCUGCAAACUCUGGAGGGGAAGAUAUUGAACUGCUGGCAUUCCAGACUGUCACUGGAAAGUGUAGUGAGACCAUCUUCGAGGAUAUGCGGGAGCCUCCAAAGAAACCUCUCCAUCUGAAGGGCCAGAUGAAGUAUGUCCCUCAGUGGGACUCCCUCAUCUUCCUCGGGACACCCAUUAUCGAGACAGUGGAGGACAUGAUAAAAAUGGGUGUGUACGUGAACGAUCUGAACCUGCAUGACUCCAGCAGAGAGCUGAUUUUGGCCGGGACUCAACAAUCGGCUGAGCUUCAGCUGGCCCUUGAUCAGGAGCAACAGAAAUAUGCUCAGCUGCAGGAAAUCAUCAAGAAGCUGGACGAAGAGAAGAAGAGAGGAGAUUCUUUACUGUAUGCCAUGAUCCCUAAAGCUGUGGCCGACCGUCUCAGGAAGGGGAUCACUGCGCUGGAGACGUGCCAGGUCUUCCCAGAUGUGACCAUUCUCUUCAGCGAUGUGGUCAAGUUUAAUGAGAUCUGCAUCCACAUCACACCCAUGCAGGUGGUGGACAUGCUCAAUGAGAUCUACAUUGUCUUCGACACACUCAGUGAGAAGCACAAUGUCUACAAGGUGGAGACGAUUCGCGAUGCCUACAUGGUGGUGGCAGGUGUUCCCAACAAGACCACGUUUCACGCGCACCACAUCUGUGACAUGGCUCUCGACAUGUUGAGCUCUAUUGACCACCUCAAAGACCCCUCCACCGGAGAUAACAUCCAGAUCAGAGUCGGUAUCCACUCAGGAAUGGUGGUGGCAGGCGUGGUGGGUCUGAAGAUGCCUCGCUACUGUCUGUUUGGCGACACUGUGAACACAGCCUCAAGGAUGGAGAGCAACGGAGUGGGCAUGCAGAUACACAUCAGUCAGACCACCAAAGACCACCUGGAGCACGAGCCCUAUAUCAUUGAGGAGAGGGGCAAAAUCUUUGUGAAGGGUAAAGGCUACAUGAAGACCUACUGGCUGAAAGGAAAGAAAGAUCUAUCGUUCAAGACCCCAGCAGAGCUGCGCUACAGCAGUGAACAGAAAGACUCUGAGGACAAGAGCUCAAAUGGUUCCACAAGCACCAACGCCAAGCACAUGGCCUCCAACCUCCACAUCACCAGCAGCGAGGAACAAGCGGAGGGGAAGCCAAGCCCCAGUGAUCUCCCCUUGGAUACCCUGCCACCACCAGAGGCCACUAACGAGCCCCCUGUCAUUUCAACUGAGCCACAGGAGAAGGAGAAAGUCAAAAAGACUAAGAACAACAAGGGGGCCAAGUUGGAGGUGCCCCAGGGAAACGCGGUGCCAGAGUCUUCGUCGCCCGCUGACGGCCUGGAGAACCCAGGUCCUCUACUCAACAGCAAGAGAAACAGCUUCAGGCAGCAGUACGCCAAGCUGCCCACCAACCUGCCCAUGCGCAGCGCCUCCUGCUCCAUUCUGUGAGAUUACAAGAUGACACCGACGUGACGAGGGUGCGACGAUGAAAAUAACACUGAGGUUUAGUCAGAGGUGAGACAAAGCAGGCCUUUCCAUGUUACCCCGAAGGAUUGAGUAGGAAUGAGUUGAGACAAAACAUUUUCCCCCAAGUUCCAAAUUCAAUUUUUUGUUAGAUCAUUUUUUUAGAUCAAUUACAUCAACACCUUGAAUUUACAGGUUUCAAAACAGUACUUCGAAUCGACCGUUUCAAAAAUAAAAAAGGAAGUACAACAUCCUCUACACACGAGCAGUGCAUGCAGAGAAAAAAAGAACUUCAAAAUUAUUCUCACACUUACUGACUUUAUUUCUGAUUUUCUUUAUGCUUCUUGCUGUAUUAUUUUACAGCUCUACAAGCCAUUCAUGAAGUCAGUGCUACUACUGUUACAGGAUUUAUGUUUAAUAUGUAAAAUGACAACAAAUGACAGGAUGUUUUGGAAAAUUAAAGUAAGCCAUUUUGUGACAGGGCUUACAUGGGUUUUAACAGAGAUGGGCGCAUUCACAGAAACAGAAAAAACUAUUUCUAUGGAUGCUUCAUUUGACCCACUGAGAGUAGACAUCAUCAGAGGUUGUAUUUUAUUUUGUUUAAACUAGGCGUAUGGUAGUUCAGUAGAUUAGACCUUCACAACAUUGUCUUAAAGAGUUCUACUUUCUGUAUGUGACUGACUGCAUUUAUUUCACUGUAUGAUAGUGUUUAUUUAUAUAAAACUGUAUGUACAGCCACUACAACUCAUGUUUUCAUUUUUUGCAAUUAGGUCAGGGCACUUGCACU